AUGUGGACGAGUGCAGCUCCGGGCAGCAUCGGUGCCACAACUCCACCAUCUGUGUCAACACCGUGGGCUCCUACAUGUGCCGCUGUGGCCCAGGCUGGAAGCCCAAACCUGGGCUCCAGAAUAACAAGAACACAACUGUGUGUGAAGAGGUGCCCUUCCCCACCUGGACCCCGCCCACUGGAAUCAGCAGUCAGACUCUUUCCCACUUCUUCGACCAAGUCAAGGCUCUAGGUGGCACCUUCAAGCCAGGCUCGGCCGACAGCACCCUCCAGAACCUUGUCAAAUUGGUGGAUGAGUUGAUGGAAGCCCCUGGGGACUUGAAAGAUCUGUCCCCACCCACCCGGCACCGCGUCGCCACACAGCUGCUCUCCGGCCUUGAAGACACCCUGCGGUUCCUGGCCAAGACUUUGACUGCAGGCCCCUUCACCUACCAUUCCCCAUCGGACACAGGACCCACCCUGGUGGGCCUCCUCUCCAGCCGGAACAUGGGGGUGCUGCUGGAAGAUGCCUCCCUGGAGCUGGACCCCGAAAAGCUCGCCGAGCUGAAAGACACCCACGAUGUCUCUGACCUCCGCGUCCGACCCAGCCUCCUCUCGGCGGUCAACUCCGUCUUCCUGAGCAACAACAACACCGAGAGCCUGGCCUCCCAUGUCACUUUUGCCUUCUCCCACCUUGAGUCCCCGGGUGGAGAGCAGGUAACCAACCCUCCUCAUGGCCCCUGUUCACAUGUGCCUUCCCAGGAGCUGGUCUGUGCCUUCUGGAAGCGUGACAAGAAUGGGAGUGGACACUGGGCCACCAAGGGCUGCUGGAAGCGGGGCAGCCAGAAUGGCAGCACCACCUGCCAAUGCAACCACCUGAGCAGCUUUGCCAUCCUUGUGGCGCACUACGACGUGAAGGACGCGAGCCUGGCCCUGAUCACCAAGGUGGGGCUGACGCUGUCGCUCGUCUGCCUGCUGCUGUGCAUCUUCACCUUCCUGCUGGUGCGGCCCAUCCAGGGCUCGCGCACCACCAUCCACCUGCACCUCUGCAUCUGCCUCUUCGUGGGAUCCACCAUCUUCCUGGCCGGCAUCGAGAACGACGGCCACCAG